UUUCUUGGUUUCGGAUUCCGUCAAUCUCACUCCAAUUCCAAUUUCUUCAAAUCCCAACCAAUUUCCUGCCAGAAAUCAACGCGCAGUACGAUUCCCAUUCCUACACCUACUUUCUUCGAUGUUUCCUUGUUCGUAUAGAAUUGACUCUUCUAUAUCUUCCCCAUUGACCACUUCUCCUCCACCUUCCUAUAACAAAUCCUACUUGUGUAGCUUUUUCUCUAUUUCUGACUAAUUUGUAGUUUUGAUUUCUAGCGAAGCAGAAGCAGAAGAAGAUGAAUGAUCUAUUCUCCGGUUCAUUCUCCCGCUACCGGAGCGAGGAGGGGUCGCCGGAUCACCACGUGAUCGAGAUGUCUGCUUCUUCGGCGACGGGAGUUAAUCUCGACAAGUUUUUUGAAGAUGUGGAGUCGAUCAAGGACGAGCUCAAGGAGCUCGAGAGGCUUAACACGAAUCUCCUCGCCAGUCACGAGCAGAGCAAGACUCUCCACAACUCCAAGGCCGUCAAGGACCUUCGUGCUCGUAUGGAUGCUGAUGUCACGCUUGCCUUGAAAAAGGCGAAGCUGAUUAAGGUCCGUUUGGAGGCGCUUGACCGGUCCAACGCCGCCAAUAGGAACCUGCCCGGUUGUGGGCCUGGGUCGUCGUCGGACCGUACCCGGACGUCUAUUGUCAACGGGCUGAGGAAGAAGCUUCAGGACUCUAUGGAGAGCUUCAAUGCGUUGAGGGAAAGGAUCUCGAAUGAGUACAGGGAGACUGUACAGAGGCGGUACUUCACGGUCACCGGAGAGAAUCCAGAUGACAAGACCAUCGAUCGCUUGAUUUCUACAGGGGAGAGCGAGACUUUCUUGCAGAAAGCAAUUCAAGAGCAAGGAAGGGGGAGAGUGUUGGACACAAUCUAUGAAAUCCAAGAAAGACAUGAUGGUGUGAAAGACAUGGAGAAGAAUCUCAAGGAAUUGCACCAGGUGUUCCUUGACAUGGCAGUAUUGGUGCAAGCUCAGGGAGAACAAUUGGAUGACAUUGAAAGCAACAUGAAUAGAGCUAGUUCUUUUGUUAGAGGAGGGACAGAGCAGCUGCAGACAGCCAGGAAGUUGCAGAAGAACACAAGGAAAUGGACUUGUUAUGCAAUCAUCAUCUUGCUUGUGAUCAUCUUGCUUGUGGUGCUCUUCACUGUGAGGCCAUGGGAAAACAAUGGCGGUGGCGGCGGUGGCAGUAGCCAACCAGCUACUGCUCAGGCUCUACCCCCACCCCCACCUCCACAAUCUUAGCCUUGCAAAUCCACAUUUUGUUGAGAGAUUAUAUCCAUACAUAUAUCUUUUAGUUUGGGAUUCUUUUUUAUGUGUCUAGAUGCUUUUGGGUUGGUUUGAUCUUUUUUCUUUGGUUGUAAAAAGAUGAGUCUUUGUCUAUUCCAUCAUAUCCAUACAUCCUAUAUUUCCUAUGCUGGUACUUUUUGAAGAUAAUAAUUGGAUUAUUAUUUUUUUUUGGGUA